ACAUGCCUUGCACGUGCACCUGGAGGAACUGGAGACAGUGGAUUCGACCUCUAGCUGUGGUCAUCUACCUGGUGUCCAUAGUCGUGGCAGUUCCCCUGUGCGUGUGGGAAUUACAGAAACUGGAGGUUGGAAUACACACCAAGGCGUGGUUUAUUGCUGGCAUCUUUCUGCUGUUGACUAUACCCAUAUCCCUUUGGGUGAUACUGCAACAUUUAGUGCAUUACACACAACCUGAGCUACAAAAACCAAUAAUAAGGAUUCUUUGGAUGGUACCCAUAUACAGUUUGGAUAGUUGGAUAGCUUUGAAAUAUCCCAGCAUUGCAAUAUAUGUGGAUACUUGCAGAGAAUGCUAUGAAGCCUAUGUCAUUUACAACUUCAUGGGAUUCCUUACCAAUUAUCUAACUAACCGAUAUCCUAAUCUGGUAUUAAUCCUUGAAGCCAAAGAUCAACAGAAACAUUUCCCUCCUUUAUGUUGCUGUCCACCAUGGCCUAUGGGAGAAGUAUUGCUGUUCAGGUGCAAACUGGGUGUGCUGCAGUACACAGUUGUCCGACCCUUUACCACCAUUGUUGCUUUGAUUUGUGAACUGGUCGGUAUAUAUGAUGAAGGGAACUUUAGCUUUUCAAAUGCUUGGACUUACUUGGUUAUAAUAAAUAAUAUGUCACAACUGUUUGCCAUGUAUUGUCUCCUGCUGUUUUAUAAAGUACUGAAAGAAGAGCUCAGUCCUAUCCAACCUGUUGGCAAAUUUCUUUGUGUAAAGCUGGUGGUUUUUGUUUCUUUUUGGCAAGCAGUAGUUAUUGCUUUGUUGGUAAAAGUUGGCGUUAUUUCUGAAAAGCAUACAUGGGAAUGGCAAACUGUAGAAGCUGUGGCCACAGGACUCCAGGACUUCAUUAUCUGUAUUGAAAUGUUCCUCGCUGCUAUUGCUCAUCACUACACAUUCUCCUAUAAACCAUAUGUCCAAGAAGCAGAGGAGGGCUCGUGCUUUGAUUCCUUUCUUGCCAUGUGGGAUGUUUCAGACAUCAGAGACGAUAUUUCUGAGCAAGUAAGGCAUGUUGGACGGACAGUCAGGGGACAUCCUAGGAAAAAAUUCUUUCCUGAAGACCAAGAUCAAAAUGAACAUACAAGUUUGUUAUCAUCAUCAUCACAAGAUGCAAUUUCUGUUGCCUCUUCUGUGCCACCUUCACCCAUGGGUCACUACCAAGGGUUUGGACACACUGUGACUCCCCAGACGACACCUACUACAGCUAACAUAGCUGAUGAAAUACUUAGUGACACUACAGAAGGGAAUAUAGAGCCUUCAAAUAAAUCCAUGGACUCUUGAACAAUGAAGAAGCAAACUACUACUACCAUGUGAUUUUGCUGCCUGGUAUCCUAUGGCUCAGGAUUUUGUGCUUGAGACAGGCCAAAAAUGAUGGGAAAAUAUCAACACAAAGAUAGGUGAAAGCCAGGUACAACGAUUGGAUUUCUGUAUGUAUGUGUUUUGUAUAUCACAAUAAUCAGUCUAAAUUUCCUAGACUUAGACUUGAUUUCCUAAUAUUAGAGUAUCACAUACUCAAACCAUAGAAAAUGACUACAGCUGAAUGUUCCUGGCAUUACAUUACUUUAUCAAGAAGAUGGACAAAGAAAAAACAAACUGCAAUUCGACUACUGCUGCAUGAAUAUAAUGCUCUGGACAGAAGGCAUAAUUCAGAAAUUAGUGGAACCUAAUCAUAAUCAUGUGCCAUAUAAGCUUACCUAACAAUUAUUUCUCUACUUCUCAAUUGAAUGUCUUUCAACAAAUAAAAAUUUAUCAUUUUUCUGCAA